AUGCGGUAUCCCGUUGGAAUCACUUUUUUGGUUAUAUUUUUGGUUAAGGACACAACAGCAAUGAUACCAGCCUAUUCAGUUUCCGCACUUCGGCUUGCUUUCGACGAAAUAUCAACAGUGGUACCCGUCGCCAAUCAGCUAGCCAGUCUGUUAAUACCAUUCCUUAUAAACCUUAUUAACAACUUAAACAAUCUAUCAAACAUCGUACAGAAUUUGACACCAGCAUUAUUGCCAUACUUUGGUUGUACGUUACCAUUAUUAUAUGCUACAUUAACAGAUUUAACAUCUGUCCUGUUUUUGUAUAUAAGUGUUCUUAUAUCCUUGUUCAGGUCAAAUGUUCUAGCAGCUCCUGGCUUGUUAUUAGGUCUUGUGUCACAGGUUUUGAACUUAGUAUUGGGCCUGUUGACUGGUUUAACUGAUAACACUGGUUUACUGUCAGGAUUACUUAAAUUAAUUACCAAUGUGUUAGUGGAAUUAGAAAAGUUGUUGAUUUGA